AUGAAUCUGGAGGCAAAGAGCCUACACCCAUUCUUUUCUAAGCCCCCCAAAAACCACGCACCAGACCAAGUACCAGACCAAGCACCGCGCACAAACGAUCAACCCGUUGACGACGCACACGAUGAUCCAGACUACGGCACGAGCCCUAAGACAGCCCAAGGGCGAAAGAAGAAGACAAGGAAAGCUGGAGAUGGAAAGGAAAGGAACACGGGCAAAUCCGGCACCUUGAAUCAGAUUUCCCUAGACACAUUCACUCGCCCUAGAGCGCAAGAUGCCACUGAUACGCCGGCAAACGGAUACGGGCUUGCAGAAGCAUCUCUAGACGAGGAUCCAAAUAGGGAUCGAAGAAAAAGACGAAAGACAGCGUCACCGGAACUGUCGAAUGACCUACACACCUCAGUACGACCUAUUACAGGCCAGCUGGAUUGGCAACAACAACUGCAGGCGGAAGCAGCGAAGCCUAUGACAGUGGAAGAGCCCUUGGAGGGCACGGUGGACACCGACACCCCAAUGAGUAACACAUUGCACGAGCAACCACAAAACGAAGCCGAGGCUAUGCCGCGGCCUAGCACACCGCCCCCUACCGCAAUCUUCAUUUCUUCGGACCCCGUAGUGCUCGAGACGAAAGCAGUAACGCCCAAGAAGCAAAUCAAAGUCACCAAGAGCGGCAAGCUUUUGUCGAGUCCACCAAAGCACGCACCUGAACCCUCGAGCGUACCGAGGAAAAGACGAGGCCGAAAGCCUGCAAAGCCGAAGGUCUCCCCUACUGUGACAGUAAUCCGCUACGGCGUGGAUGCGGCGAAUAAAGUAGCAAUUGGUCAAAGGAUAGAAGAAAUUCUAAACGGAAAGAAGUUAUCGAUUAGACGCGCAAUAAAUCCUAAGAAAGUGCCACCGAAGCCUGCUGCGCCUCGAAAAGUUACCCAUCCUUUCUUUCUGGGUAAACCUGGUACACAGAAAGAUGCGCCUCCCAUGAAGACAACUUCAGAGCAGCUACCUCCCACUCCAAGGAGGAGUGCUGUUACUCCAGGAAAGCUGCGAGCGGAGGCUCGUAGGGAUAGAUCGCCCAAACCCACACCCGCUUUCGGCAUGCCUGCAGGCAGAAGUCGGGUCACGAAUCAAUCCGGCUUGAAUGAAGCCUCUUGGCCGACACGUGAAACAUCCCAUGUGCGCAACCUAGACGAUGUCGACUGGAACUACCGCACUAGAGUUCAAAGGCCUUCAACGUUGGUACUAAGGCCUCGAAAGCUGAAGAGCAUUGUGACUUAUAUCCCAGAUAGCGAAGACGUGAUAACCAGAUUGGCCCAAGACUUAUCUCAAGCUGUGCAUAGAGCAGAAAGUGUGUCCAAGUCUGAAUUUGAACCCCCAGAGGAUGUACGGCUACCAACACGAUUACUCACCACGGGUACUGAGAUCCAGCGAAGGGUUUGUUCUCAAAUUCACGCGGUCUUGCCGAAGCCAGGCGAGCUACAUCAGCUUCAAACGGCGAUUCAUCCAGCUAUUACUACGCUGUUCAAUGAUAUUGAACGUGUCCUUACCCCUUUCGACGAAGGAAGAUGUGAGGGCCAGCCCUGGACUCACAAGUACGGUCCGAAGUGUGCAUCUCAUGUUCUACAACCGGGGAAUGAGGCUGCAGUACUGAAAGACUGGCUUCAAAGCUUGACCGUUCUGGCUGUCGGUGGCGCGCUCAAAUCUUCCACUGCGGUCGAUAUUAAGAGGCCACCAAAGAAGAAGCGGAAGAAGGCAGUGGACGACUUCAUCGUCUCAGAUGACGACGAAGAAGACGGAGAUAUGAUGGAGUGUUCGGAUAGGGAGGGUACGGCCGUUCCUCACCUAAAAUCCUUGAGACGGCCGCAAUGGACGAGAAACAAGAACGUCAUUUUGCUUAGCGGACCUCAUGGCUGUGGUAAAAGCGCGACAGUGUAUGCUGUAGCUGAAGAGCUCGGGUUCGAAGUUUUCGAGAUCAACCCUGGUACCCGGCGCUCAGGCAAAGACAUACAGGACAAAGUUGGGGAUAUGACGGCGAACCAUCUAGUCAAUCACCAACGGAGCGCAGCACCGGCAAAGGAGGAUCUCGCGACAGAUAAUGAUACCGACAACGAACGCAUGAAUACAGCUUUACAGGAAGACUUGAAUAGCGGGCGACAAGGCACCAUGACUUCCUUCUUCCAGACAAAUAUUCCAGCAAAAGCGAACUCAGCCGCUAAAGUGAAGGUACAAGAGCCGAAGAAGGCACCGACACAUGCUGAUCAAACCAUGCUUUCCAUGGCAUCAACAACGCGGAAGUCCCAGAAGCAGUCAUUGAUAUUAUUUGAGGAAGCAGACAUUCUCUUUGAAGAAGAUCAGCAGUUUUGGGCUCAGGUGACGAAACUUGCCUUGAGUUCAAAACGUCCCAUUGUCAUUACUUGUAAUGAUGAGCGGCAAAUCCCAAGCCAAGACUUACCACUGGCCGCUGUGCUGCGGCUUCAUCCACCUCCAGUCGACCUUGCGACAGAUUAUCUGCUUGUUUUAGCGGGUAGGGAGGGUCACAUUCUUGAACGAAAAGCCGUCAGUGACCUGUACCACUCCAAGAACUACGAUCUUCGAGCUAGCAUUACGGAGCUGAACCUCUGGUGCCAAAUGUCGGUUGGCGACAGGAAAGGUGGUCUAGAGUGGAUCUACCAACGAUGGCCCCGGGGCAGAGACGUUGACUCACAUGGUCGCUUGCUCAGAGUUGCCAGUGAAGGCACGUAUCUGUCUGGUAUGGGGUGGUUUUCACACAACGUGUUCGAAACACGAGAAAACAUUACAUUCGACAAGGAAGAGGAGCUCUUGAAAGAAGCUUGUGCGGACUGGGACAUUAAUCCCAUCGAUUGGGUCGCUCAAGGUAUUGACGACGAGCGGACGAUCGUAUCUAGUUCCGACGAGUUCAGUUGUUUGAAGAACCUCGAGUGUCUCGAUGCCCUUUCGGAGUCGCUCAGCGCGGCAGAUGUAUAUUGCCGUGUCGGACUGCCGGCCUACGAGUCCGAUUACCACCAGCCAACUGAUUCAUCCCUACCGCCUAUUACCGAUAAAGCCCGACUGAGUGUCACACUCGCUGCUCCGCUCCUCCAGGUCGAUCAUCCCUCAGACUUUACGAAACUCGAUUCAUCUAUCUUUACACAAACACAUCUACUUAUCAAGCGUGCCUAUCCUGAUUUUUCCCAUCCCAUAUCCUCGCAUAGGGCUAGCAAGCCCACAACGGAAACUGACUACGCCAACAAACUUUUGAGACUGAAGGUUGAACAAAAGGGUGACAAUAGCCUAGCAAGGUCUGACUGCGCCAUUGCUCUCGAUAUUCUCGCCGUACCACCAGACUUCAUACCAUUGCAAGGUACAUCGUACAACCUUAUGCCCUCGUCGUUCGACCGCACGCUUAGCAUCAUAACUCUCGAUCUCGCGCCUUACGUUCGCUCCAUCGUUGCCCACGAACAGGUCCUUGAAACACAACGCCUCCGCGUCUCCAACCUUCUGAGCAUUGGUGGUAACGCAAAACGGCCGCGGACUACACGAGCGAGUCGGGUCGCAUUAGAGGGCGGUGUGCGAGAGACGAAGCGAAGGGACAGAUGGUUCGACAAGGAACUGAACUUCCAACUUGUGAUGGCUACCGCAGGGAAAGAGUGGGCGGGUAUGGGUUGGAAGGGUGAAGUUGAGGAGGGUGAGGAGGGGACGAGGAGUUUGACCGGGACGCUGGACGGCAGCGAAAGUGCAGAGGACGUUCUCAUGCAGGAUUCACCGGCCCUGAUUUAA